AUGGGUUGUGAUAGCAAGCUUCAGUUGAAAGCCUGGAAGACCUUGUCUAAAUAUCUUCAUGGCAGCAACGAAGACCAGGAGUAUUGGUGGAAGCUGACUGGUCGUCAUGUUGCUUCGCUGUUGGAGGCCGCUGAGUAUCCUCUUGAGAAGCAAUAUGAAUGCCUUUUCUUCCACUACCGCUGGACGUGCUUUUCCAAGGUCCCCGACAUGGGUCCUGCUCCUGGAUCAGAUGGCCUACCCACGAAGUGGAAGUCGUUGCUCUCUCUCGAUAGUACAUCAAUUGAGUACUCAUGGAAAUGGAACACCACAAUCGCCGAACCAGAUAUCCGUUAUGUCACAGAGCCAAUUGGACAAUACCCAGGAACAGAGCUCAGAGACAUCGGCAAACUUGAAAGCGAAGCACAAAUGGCAAGAAGAGAUGGCCGUGAUAUAAAGAUCGACACCCAAGUUAUCAGAGACGAACUCUUCGGUUUCUACAUGGCUGGCCAGGAGACAACCUCUACAACACUGUGCUGGGCUAUGAGAUACUUAACUGCCAACCUGAAUGUUCAAACCAAACUUCGUACCGCUUUGAGAGAAGCUCAUGUGAGAGCCCACCGGAAUGGAGAUCUUCCUUCAGCUCAAGAAAUAGCACAAACAGAUGUUCCUUACCUCGAGGCAUUUAUCCAAGAAGUCCACCGUGUCGGAAACUCGGUCAGUUCCAUUGUUCGCGUUACCACCAAGGAUGCUGUUGUUCUUGGACACAAUAUUCCAGAGGGAACGGAUGUCUUCAUGCUCACCAAUGGACCCAACUAUAAGACUCCACCCCUGAAAAUUGAAGAAUCCAUCCGUAGCAAGACUAGCCGCGAGACCAAAGACAAAUUCGGUGUUUGGGACAAUUGGAGCAUUAAAAGGUUCAUUCCAGAGCGAUGGCUUAUAAAGAACGAGGAAGGCCGCGUCGUCUUCAACCCCGUCGCUGGAUAUACGCACCCAUACGGCGCUGGACCCCGCGCUUGCUUUGGUAUGAAAUGGGCGCAACUGAUGUUGAAGUCGAUUAUCACAAUCAUCGUCUGGAGCUUCGAGUUCGCGCCCCUACCCCCAGCAAUUGCUGACUUCAAGGCUAUCGAUGUUACCACCCACCGAGCAGAGUUCACCUAUCUUCGACCUGUGCCGAUUCAUUAA